CGGACUCCGCUGGAAAGGAGGCUGAAACGACGGAUGCCACCAUGGAGGCGAUACCCGGGAACGGCUUAUUUACACCCGAAGCGGCCCUUUAACUUUAGAGGGAAGCCGAUGCGUGUGUCUCCCUCAUCACUUUUACCGACCCCCUCCUCCUCCGCUGGCAGAAAUUUAUAAAGAACAAAAAAUCCGACGAGGGAGGGAGGAGGGGGGUUGAUAUACGCCGAGGCUGAAAUCGAGAGGCGAACCCAGGGAAAGAGGAGUAAUUUGUACUCGGGACUUUCCCCCUCUUAGUACCCCAAAAGGAGGGGGAAAAGUCGCAGUGUUGGAAACGAAGAGGAAUGAGCUUCUAAGGGCGUGAAAACGUCUGCAACUGUGGAUACUUUAUAUAUUUUUAUUUCGAAAAAAUAUGGCCGAGAACGUUCUGGACUCUGGCCCGCCUUCAGCCAAAAGGCCUAAACUCUCCUCUCCGGCACUUUCCGCCUCCGCCAGCGAUGGAAAUGAUUUUGGUUCACCGUUUGACUUGGAGCACGACCUGCCGGAUGAGCUCAUCAGCUCUAAUGAACCAGGCUUGAUCAACGGUGGGGACCUCAGCCAGCUGCACACCAGUCUAGGUGGAGGACCUGCAGGGUUGGGUCCCAACGGAGGAAAUGGAGGGGCAGGAGGAAUGGUUCUCGGGCUUGGCUCUGGAGGAGGUCCUGGGGGUGUGGGUGGAGGCCAGGACGCAGUGGCCAAGCACAAACAAUUAUCAGAGCUUUUGCGCGCCGGGGCAACUGCUUCGAAUCAGCAGGGCCAUCAAGGAGCAAUGGGAAGCCCGGGAGGCCCCACAGCCAUGGGGCAACACUUGGCGAACAUGAAGGCGUCCCCGGGUCAAGGGCCCCAGCAGAUGAUGGCUCAGGGGCAGCAGCAGCACCUUUCCCCUCAGCAACAGGCCAGCAUGAUUCAGCAGCAACAGAAUUCUGCCGCCGGAAUGAUGAGCAUGAACAGGGCCAUGAUUGGGGCGCAACAGAAAGCCAAUAAUGGACAGCAACAGCCAGGCAUGAUUGGGAACCAGGUGAUGAAUGGCUCCCCAAGGAUGGGCUUUGGUAAUCAGGGAAUGGCUGGCAACAGCAACCUGUUGGCCGAGACCCUACAGCAGCAAGGGCCCGGGCAGCCCGGGAUGAGAGGCCAGCAACCUGGAGCAAUGAACAAGAUGGGGAUGAUGGGCAACCCAGGUGGCCCUUUUGUAGGUCCAUAUGGUGGUCAAGGAAAUCAAGGGCUGGGAGCUGCGGGGCUGGGCCCUCAACUGCAGAACAAAGGUCCCAUGGGCAACAGCCUGUCCCAGUUCAGUGUGGACAAGAAGAACCAGCCCAUUCAAGGAAUGGGUGCCAUGGGCACGCAGCAGUCACAGGCAGGUGUGGGUGGUCCCUCAAGUGGACCCGUCGGGGGAGCCCAAGGGAUUUUGCCCGGCGCUCAGGUGGGCCUGGUAGGGCCCAGUGCUCAGGCCUCCGCAGCGACUGCCACGGCCGGAGCACCACCAACCGCCGACCCGGAGAAGCGGAAGCUGAUCCAGCAGCAACUGGUGCUCCUGCUCCACGCGCACAAGUGCCAGCGGCGGGAGCAGGCCAACGGAGAAGUCCGGCAGUGCAACCUGCCCCACUGUCGCACCAUGAAGAAUGUGCUCAACCACAUGACGCACUGCCAAGCUGGCAAGUCCUGUCAAGUGGCUCACUGUGCAUCCUCAAGGCAGAUCAUCUCCCAUUGGAAGAACUGCACGCGACAUGACUGCCCAGUCUGCCUGCCACUGAAGAACGCCGGAGACAAGAGGAACCCGCAGUGUGAGUCUCUGCUUGGCGGGGCUGCUGCAGGACUGGGGACAUCUCUUGGGGCAGUUCCUGGUAGCCAGCCAAGUAAUCCCAACCUCAACCCACCCAGCCAGAUCGACCCAAGCUCCAUAGAGAGAGCGUACGCUGCUCUGGGCCUCACCUACCAGGGGAACCAGGUUCAGCCUCAGACCACUCAGUCUAACAUGCCCAACCAGGGGCAGGCUGGCAUGAGGCCCCUAAAUCCAAUGGGUGUUAAUCCUAUGGGAGUCAACGGAGGUGUUGGCGCCACGUCUCAGAGCCAACAAGCAAGUCUGCUGCAGGACACCAUGAUGCAUCUCAAUGUGAACAGCCAAAGUAUGCUGAAUGAUGCUGGAGGGGUAGGUUCCAUGCCCACAGCAGCCCCGCCCUCUGCCACAGGCAUAAGGAAAAGCUGGCACGAGGACAUCACGCAGGACCUUCGAAACCACUUGGUGCACAAGCUCGUCCAGGCUAUCUUUCCAACUCCAGAUCCUGCUGCCCUGAAGGACCGUCGAAUGGAGAACCUUGUGGCCUAUGCUCGAAAGGUUGAGGGUGACAUGUAUGAAUCAGCCAACAGCAGGGCUGAGUACUACCACUUGUUGGCAGAGAAGAUCUAUAAGAUUCAGAAAGAACUGGAGGAGAAGAGGAGGACCCGGCUGCAGAAGCAGGGUCUGGGCAUUGGACCUACUGGCAUGGGUCAGCCCCAAACUGGCCUCCCUCCAAAUGGUCCACUCCCUGACCCUUCAAUGGCGCGACCACCUGGACCAAAUCAGAUGGUCAACAGGAUGCAAACCCCAGGUAUGAAUCAGUUCAAUCAGAUGGCGAUGCAGUCUAUGACCCAGAGGUCCACCCCUCCUCUUCCCAUAGGAACAACUGGCAACCAGAUGGGAAUGGUUGGACCCAGAGUCGGGCAGCCCAAUGUCAACCAGCUGUCCAACCAGUACAUGUCCCAGGGCCAAUUUCCUGGCUCAGGACCCGGAGUCGGUGGGGCUCAGCCGGGCAUGACCCAGCCUGGAGCACAGGGAAGCAUGGCACAGGCGCAGAUGGGAACUCCUCCCUCUCUCUCGGUUGCUAGUCCUUUAGCGCAGCCCGGCUCAGCCGGUGGUCCCACAGGGGUGUCCACGGUGGGGCCAAUGGGCCCCCAGAGCGUGGGCGGAGGGGGUCCCAAUUCGUCUAUAGGAGCCCCCGCCUCCUCCGUGACUCCAUCAAACGGCAACCAGCAGCCCAACUCCAUCCCCCACUUGGGAGCCAUGCGCGUGGGCUCUCCCUCUCCCGCUCACAGCCGUUCACCGACGCCCCACCAAACGCCCCCCAGAUUACCCGGAUCCCAGACGCCACAGCCACACACGCCGGGCGCUCCCCAGCUGGCACCGUCUUUAGCCCACCAACAGAACCAGCUGGGCCAGGGCCCCGGCUCCAACAAGCCACUCCAGCAGCAGCACAUGGGGCCCUCUGGCUCCACCACUCCAUCUCAUCCCGGGCUGGCGUCCAGCACAACGCCACACAGCGGACAGCUGCCACGCACUCCGUUGUCCCAGAAGGGCUCGUUCCCCGCAGACAGUCAGGCCCUCACUCCAGCCUCUGUCAGCAGCCUGGACACCUCGUCCCAGCAGCCACAGUCGGACGCCUCAGCCACCAACCUGGAGCCCAAGAUGGAAGUCAAACAUCAGGAUGAGGAAGAAGACGGGGACGGGGGCAGCUGCUCCAAAGGAGGGAAACUCAGCAAUCACAAAACGGAGGAAAAGCCCAUUAAAUCAGAAGUAAGGAAGGAAGAGUGUUCCGGAGAGGGUGGGAAAGGGGUUCCUAUGGAUACCUCCUCGACAUCAAAGACAACAGGAAUAAAGACUGAAGAAAGGAAACCGGAGGUGAAGAAAGAGGUGAAAGAGGAAGAUGAAACCUCGGAUGCAGUUGCUCAACAGGCUCCAGUUAAAAAGAAGAUCUUCAAGCCGGAGGAGCUCCGCCAGGCGCUGAUGCCCACACUAGAAUCGCUCUACAGACAGGACCCUGAGUCUCUGCCCUUCAGAAUGCCCGUUGACCCACAACUGCUAUGCAUACCUGACUACUUUGAUAUCAUAAAGAACCCCAUGGACCUAUCCACUAUCAAGAGAAAGUUAGACACAGGUCAGUAUCAGGACCCCUGGCAGUAUGUGGAUGACAUCUGGCUGAUGUUCAACAACGCCUGGCUGUACAAUCGCAAAACAUCACGAGUCUACAAGUACUGCUCCAAGCUGGCGGAAGUUUUCGAGCAGGAGAUCGACCCUGUUAUGCUAAGCCUCGGAUACUGCUGUGGACGGAAGCUGGAGUUCUCUCCUCAGACACUGUGCUGCUACGGGAAGCAGCUCUGCACUAUUCCCAGAGACGCUGUUUACUUCAGCUAUCAGAACAGGUACCACUUCUGCGAGAAGUGCUUCAACGAGAUCCAGGGAGAGAACAUUUCCCUGGGCGACGACCCCACCCAGCCACAGACGUCAAUUAACAAGGAUCAGUUUGAGAAGAAGAAGAACGACAUGUUGGAUGCCGAGCUGCUUGUUGAAUGUUUGGACUGCGGCCGCAGAAUGCAUCAGAUCUGUGUUUUGCACAAUGACACAAUCUGGCCAUCAGGUUUCGUCUGCGACGGUUGCUUAAAGAAGACAAAUAAGACGAGGAAAGAGAACAAAUAUUCUGCCAAAAGGUUACCCCAGACUAAGCUGGGAUGCUUCCUGGAGUCGAGGGUGAACGACUUCUUGAAGCGUCAGUCCCAUCCAGAGGCCGGAGAGGUUUUCAUCCGAGUCGUCCAUGUCUCUGACAAAGUGGUGGAGGUUAAACCUGGCAUGAAAUCCAGAUUUGUGGACAGUGGCGAGAUGUCGGAGUCUUUUCCGUACAGGACAAAAGCCCUUUUUGCAUUCGAGGACAUUGACGGUGCCGACGUCUGCUUCUUUGGAAUGCAUGUCCAGGAAUACGGGUCUGAUUGCCCCCAGCCCAACCAAAGGCGAGUGUACAUUUCCUACUUGGACAGCGUGCACUUUUUCCGGCCGCGCUCUCUAAGAACGGCGGUUUACCACGAAAUCCUCAUUGGCUACUUGGAGUAUGUCAAAAAACUGGGUUACACCACUGGCCACAUCUGGGCAUGUCCACCCAGCGAAGGCGACGACUACAUUUUCCACUGCCACCCUGUAGAUCAGAAGAUCCCGAAGCCCAAACGGCUUCAGGAGUGGUACAAGAAGAUGCUUGACAAAGCUGUGGCAGAGAGAAUAGUACACGACUACAAGGACAUCUUCAAGCAGGCGACGGAGGACCGUCUGACCAGUGCCAAGGAACUGCCUUAUUUUGAGGGCGACUUUUGGCCCAAUGUGCUGGAGGAGAGUAUUAAAGAGCUGGAGCAGGAGGAAGAGGAGAGGAAAAGGGAGGAGAACAGCACUUCCAAUGAGAGUGUCGAUGAUACAAAAAGUGACAGCAAAAAUGCAAAGAAGAAGAACAACAAAAAGACGAGUAAGAACAAGAGCAGCUUGAGCCGAGCCAAUAAGAAGAAGCCCGGGAUGCCAAAUGUCUCCAAUGACCUUUCACAGAAGCUCUACGCCACUAUGGAAAAACACAAGGAGGUGUUCUUUGUAAUCAGAUUGAUCGCAGCCCCGAUGGCAAAUGCCUUGCCCCCCAUUACAGAUCCAGAUCCGCUCAUGGCCUGCGACCUCAUGGACGGCCGGGAUGCUUUCCUGACAAUUGCCCGGGACAAGCACCUUGAGUUCAGCUCUCUGAGGAGGUCCAUGUGGAGUUCCAUGUGCAUGUUGGUGGAGUUGCAUAACCAAAGCCAGGACCGCUUUGUUUACACUUGCAACGAGUGCAAGCACCACGUGGAGACCCGCUUCCACUGUACCGUCUGCGAGGAUUACGACCUCUGCAUCACUUGCUACAACACUAAGGGCCACGGGCACAAGAUGGAGAAGCUCGGCCUCGGCCUGGACGACGAGAGGGAGCCUGCCCCGACCACCCAGAGCCCCGGGGACUCGCGCCGCCUCAGCAUCCAGCGCUGCAUCCAGUCCCUCGUCCACGCCUGCCAGUGCCGAAACGCCAACUGCUCGCUGCCGUCCUGUCAGAAGAUGAAGCGCGUCGUCCAGCACACCAAGGGCUGCAAGAGGAAAACCAACAGCGGCUGCCCCAUCUGCAAGCAGCUCAUCGCCCUGUGCUGCUACCACGCCAAGCACUGCCAGGAGAACAAGUGCCCCGUUCCGUUCUGCCUGAAUAUCAAGCACAAGCUCCGGCAGCAGCAGCUGCAGCACCGGCUGCAGCAGGCCCAGAUGCUGAGGAGGAGGAUGGCCAGCAUGCAGAGGGUCGGCCAGCCGCCGGCGGGGGGAGGCGGCCCCGGGGGGAACGGCCUGCCGUCUCCAGGAGGCAACAACGGAGCGACGGGCCCCGCCACCCCCACCUCAGUCGGCACGCAGCCCCCCACCCCACAGACGCCCACCCAGGGGAGCAUGCCUCCGCUUCCCCAGCCGCAGGGAGUGGGGAUGAGUGGAUUGGGCACUCCAGGUCAGCAGCAAAGCGGCGCCAUCACGCCUCAGCACCACCUCCAUCAGUUCCAGAUGGUGGGUGGAGGCGGGAUGAUGAACUCCCCGCAGCAGCAGAUGGUGCCUCAGCUCCAGCAACAGACGCCCAACGUCCAGCAGCUCCAGCAGCAACAUCCUGGAGGCUUUCCCCAGUACAACUCCAGGCCCGCCGGGGCUUCUCCUCUCCACCAGUCCCUCGGAAAACCUGGACUGAGUCCAGCCACCCCACCUCAGCAGCAGCAGCAGCCCAACCAGGGACAAGGGUCCAUGCCGGUCCACGUUGGUCCCCCUCUGGCUGCCGUGGAGACGGCCCUAAAAAUACAGCGUCUUGCAGAGACCCAAAGACAACAGGCCCAGGCCCAGAUCCGUGGCCUGGGGCAGGGGGGCAUGAUGCCCUCGCACCCGCACCACCAGAACAGCCAGGCCCAGAUGGGAAUGCCCCACAUUGGGGCCCAAGGUAUACCCCCCCAGGCUCAGGGCGGAAGGACUAUUCUAGACCCACAGCAGCAGGGAAUGCUGGGUGGAAUGCAGCAAAGUGCCCCUCAGUCGCAGUUGCCGCCUCAAGUCCAGCAGCAGCUGCAGCACGCCCAGCAGGUCGGCGGGGGCCAGCUUCAGCCGGCCAACCAGCAGUGGACUGCUGGGGGUCCGCAAAUGAACCCACAGCAAAGGCAAAGCAUGAUGGGCCACAUGGCCCCUCAGCAGCAGCCAGGACUUCCCCAACAACAGCAGCAGCCAAUGAAUCAGCAACAGCCCCAGCCCGGGCUGAUGCAAAUAAUGGGUGCAGCAGGAGGAGCGACGGGGGCCGCUGCUUCCAUAGCCGGGGCGGCGGGACCGGGGAACUUGCCCCAGGCAGCGCUGCAAGAGCUCCUGCGAACGCUGCGCUCCCCGAGCUCCCCGCUACAGCAGCAGCAAGUUCUCAACAUCCUCCGCUCCAACCCCACCCUCAUGGCCGCCUUCAUCCGGCAGAGAGCAGCCAGGUAUCAGGGCCAGGGAGGUCCCGGAGGACCGGGGGGACCCACGCAAGGAGGUCCCGUGGGUGUGAGGUUCCCAGGAGCUGCUGGGGGGUUGCCCGGCGUAGGUGGGCCUGGAGCCAACCAGCUUCCAAACUUAGACGGACAACAGCAGGUUAAUGUGAACCCGAGCGGUCAGGCAGGGAUGAACAACGUCCAGGGUGGAGCAGGGGGAGGGAACCUCAACACCUUGGCUCAGCUUCAGCAAUUACAGCAGCUACAACAACAGCAGCAGCAGCAACAACAACAACAACAACAACAGCAGCAGCGCUCGAUGGUGCCAGGAAAUCUGCAGCACCAACAGAUGGCUGCACUGCAGCAGCAGCAGCAGCAGCAGCAGGGAGCCAUGCAGGCAGGUCAACAAGGCACCAUGACAAACAUGAAUCCUCAGUUCAGAGAGCUGAUGAGGAGACAUCUGCAGCAACAACACCACCAACAACAACAACAACAACAGCAGCAACAACAACAGCAACAACAACAACAACAACAACAGCAGCAGCAGCAGAUGGGGAACCAGGCGCAGUUCCAGCAGCAGCAGCAGCAGCCGCAGGGCUUCAUGCAGCCCGGACAGGGACAGCCGGGGAUGCCCCCCUCGUCGCAGCCUCAGCCUGCAGGAGCCGGGGGACUCCCCCAGCAGCCAGGAGGGGCCCAGGGGGGGCCGGGACAGCUGAGCCAGCAGCAGGGCUACUCCAUGUCCCAGGAGGCCGCCGUGCUUCAGCAGAGGCUCCAGCACCAGAUGCAAAUGCAGCAGCAGCAGCAGCAGCAGCAGAACUCCAUGGGCGGCCAUCAGGGACAGGAGGGGGGGCCCAGCGGGGCGGUCGGCGGGGCAGCACUCCAGCCCGGACAAGGCGGGGCAGGGCCGGGGCAACAGCAAGGCGGAGUCGGGGGGGUGGGGGGCGGGCCCGGCAUGUCGCAGAGCACCCAGAGCAUGCUCCACCAGAACAUCCACCAGAGACUCCUGCAGCAGCAGCAGCAGCACCUGCGGGGGGGCUCUCCUGCCCAGCACAGCAGCCCCAUGAGCCCCCAGCAGCAGAUGGCCCAGUCCCCCCACCCCCACCUCCAGGGACAAGGGGGGCUGGGUCCUGCCGGGUCGCUGGGCAGUCAGGUCCGGUCCCCCCAGCCCUCGCCGAGGCCGCAGUCGCAGCCCCCCCACUCCAGCCCCUCCCCCCGCAUGCAGCCCUCCUCCCAGCCCCAGCCCUCGCCCCACCGCAUCUCCCCGCAAACCCAGACCGGGUCGCCGCACCCGGCCCACCUAAGCCAACACCACCCCGGCAUGGCGCCGCCGCAGCCCCCCCAGGCCGGGCAGCAGCAGGGCGUGCCCCCCCCGCCGCAGCCCGGCGGCCCGGGAGACCCCGGCCAGUUCAGCUCGCCCGAACAGAACUCCAUCAUGUCGCAGCUGAGCGGGAUGGCGGCCAUGCACGGGGGGCCGGGGGGGCCGGCGGACAUGCUGGGCGGGAACAACAACGGCAGCAACGGCACCAACAACCCGGAGCUGGGCUCGAACAUUAACCACAACCUUAUGUAG